AUGAGUAGUACAACUAAAAAAAAGUUGAACAUAAAUUCUAAACCAUUUAAUAUCGAAGAUACUUAAAAGUAAUAAUAAACUCAUCCACAGCUUGUAAUUACUUCAAAAGCAUAUUAACCUAAAAAUGAAAUUUAAGAAUAUUAUCCUAAAAAUAAUCAUAAUCCUUUUGAUGAUUUGGCACCUGAUUUUAUGAAUAAUAAUACUCCAUAAAUAUAUUAAUAACCAACAAAACUUAUUUCUUAACCAUAAGAAAUCAAAGAAAAAAAAAUACUAAGAAAAACUCAAUAUUAGUUUGAUAUUGAUCCUUAAACAGUUGAAAAAGUAUUUAUUUAUGCUAAUAAAUUAGAUUGAAUAAAAAAAGAAGGAGGAAUAGGAAUUAUUAAAUAAGUAGGAGGAAUUAAGAAAAAUAGAAGAAGAAAAAUAGAGAUAAGAAGAACUUAAAAGAUAAGAGGAAUUAAUCAAAUUUGAAGAGCUUAGAAAAUAAUAAUUAGAAGAGGAGAAUUAUUUACCUAAACCAUAUACAAAAGAGUAACUUGAAACAAUUUUUGAAAACAUGAAUGAUUUUUAAUAUUUUGAAAGUGACAACAAUUGGAUUAAAAUAAAAGAUAGAAAACAUUUUGAUUAUAAAGACUUAAAAAGAUAUGAAUAAAGAAAAGAUAAUAAAAAUCCUACAUAGAAGAGGGAUAAACCAGAAAUUCAAUUAGAUAGACCACCAGUUUAAUAAAUUGAGCCAAAUAUAAGAAUGCCUUAAAGAGCUACGAUUUCUAUAUAAGAAUAACUUUGGAAAGAUAAAUUGAAAGAAGAAGCUAAUGCUUGGACUUAAAUUCUAAAUACUACUCCUGAAUAAAAAAAAGCAAUAGAAAAAGAACUGAAAUAUAGGUUGAAUUAAUUAGCCCCAGAUAAUGAAGUUUAAGUUUCUAAAUUUAUUAUAGAUAUUAUUGAAUAGAAGUAAUUGUAUAUUUAAGUUUUUAUAGUUAGGAUUUCGUAGACUUUUUAACAGAAAAAAUAAUAGAAAAAGCUUAGAUGGAACCCAAAUAUAGAGGUUUAUAUAUUAAUUUGUGUUUCAAAUUAGUAUCACUGCCUUCUUUUUAAUUAAUGAAUCAAGAUAAAAGUGGGAAAUUAAGAUAAUAAUCUAAAUUUAAAACUUCUUUAUUGAAUAGAGUUUAAAAAAUGUUUGAUAGUAGGAAAACAAUAGAUUUGGAUACAACUAAUUUAAAAUAAGAAGAGAAGAUUUAAUAUCAUAUAAUAAGAAAGAAAAAGAUCAUGGGAAGUAUAUUUAAUUAGUUUAUUUAAUAGAUGUAAGAUUUAUAGGUGGAUUAUAUUUAAAAUCUUUGCUUCCUAUAUAAGCUUUAUCCUAUGUAUUAAUUGAAUUGAUGGGAGAAUACCUUAUUAGCUAUAUACCUAAUGGAGAUACUGCUGAUGAAUCUUUGGAAGGAUUAAUUGAAUUAAUAGAUUAAAGUAUUCUUUUUUAAAUAUAUAUUAUAGUUGGUCAAAGUUUUAAUGAAAAAGAAAGAGCUUAAGAUGAUUCAUUCAUUUUUAAAAUUGCAUAAACUUUAGAUGGUUGUAAGAAAUCAAGAGAUCAAAUUGAAGCCUUAUUUAAAGAUAUAAAAAAAUCAACUGUUUUAGAUUUAAUGCAAAAGGUUUUUUAAAAAUUUUUAGAAAAUUAUCAUUUAUCAUAAAGAAUUAGAUUACUAAUUGAAAAUUUAUUAGAUAAAAUAUAAAAAGGAUGGUAAGGUGUUUAUGCGAAAAAGGAAGAAUUAGCAGAAAGUGCCUAAAAAACAUAUGAAUAGGAAGAAGAAGAUCCUUUAGAACUUUAAUUAAAAUAAACUAGACAAAAUUCAGCUAAGAAAGAAAAUCCAUCAAAUGAAUAAGAUUAAAAAAUAAGAGCAAAAGAUAUUACUAUGUUAGUGAAUAGUUCAUUUACAUUUGAUCCAGUUGAUUAGAUGGAUAAAUUAAGAAAUGAAUUAAAAAGAAUCAAAUCUGAAGCUCCAGAAUUGUUGAAAGUAUUUUUUGAAACUUUCUUUUAAAAUAUGUUAUCAUGUAUUUUUAUUUAUUAUAUUUUAAUUUAGUAAGAUAAGUCAAAUAAAAUAUUGAAAGAGCUUAAUUAGUUUUCGAUAUUCUAGUCUUAGAAGAAGCUGAUGAAGAAAUUGUUUCUAAAGCACUUUAAGAUGUAAAUAUAUACUAUUUAAUCUAUUAAGAUCUUGGAUGAAGAUUUAGUUUAUAAUAUAAGUGAAUCUGGUACUUCUUCUAAAUUAGUUACAAAUGUAUUGUCCUGCUUUAUUAUGGAAUAAGAUUGGAAUGCUUUAAAAAAACUGUAUUUAAAACCUCUACUUGAUAUUGAAGAUUUUAAUGAAUUUUUAAUAAAAGUAGGAAAUCAAUUAAUAACCAAAUUUCCAGAUUAAUUAAGCAGAGAAUUAAUUGUUAAAUAUUUUAAUUUGCUCAAAUAAGACUUGAGCACUUAAUUGAAUUUUGAUUGA